ACGAAAUAUAUGUCAUUCGUCAUUCACAAUUCCGUAUCUGUGUACAACAUUCUGACCUGCUAAGUCGACCACGAAUCAAGAAACCUUACCUGCCGAAGAUAAUCAUCCUUCAGACACAAGCGUAGCUACUUCAAUAAUUCUCUCUCUCAUCAUCGAACACAAUUUGGGGAUAUUUCUACCGCAUCCGCUGUUUUGAUAAUACAAAAUGGCUAGAAGUUUGGCCACACAAAGAUGGCCGGCCUUGAUUCGAAAUGCUAGGACUACCACGGAGCAGAUUGCCAAUCUGAGGGCCCUUAAAAAUGAGAUCGUUGGACAUGCUCCAAAGAAAGAAAUGGCUGUAACCAUGGGCCUUGUGGAACCUGUCGUACGCAUAAGUUUCAAUAAGUUCAAUUCCAGAAAUCAGGAUUGGAAAGCACACGAUCAUAGUUAUGCGAUCCGACCGUUAGAAGAAGAGGAAAUGGUUCGACUACAGGCUCUACAGGUCCUGGGAAGCCUUGCAUAUGGUUAGCAUACAUGUUAUUUUUCUUAUGGCUCUUAUUAACAAGAACUAGGUGGUCCAGCCUUCCUCGCUCCAUUACACUAUGGCUCUGCGCUCCCGGCGAUCCUGUCGAAUCUUUGCCCAAUAAGUAAUCCGCCACAAAUAGUCCUCGCAGCGUUGCGGGCUUUGUCCAACCUCGCAGAAUCCGCAAUGCUUGCUACUAGCACACACCCUAUUACCAUUAAGUCUCUGGCGGCAGCGUUGUUCGUACGCCCACAUCUCGCCUCUCUAACUCGCAUCAUCUCCCAAACUUCAUCGUCUCACAUCAUACAAAAUCAAAUAUCCUUGGCGGCUACACUCAUAGCCCGAAUAUGUCGACAGGAGUCCUAUCAACAAAGUCUCGCAACUUCCGGUGUUCUGGAUGCCUUGGCUGUGAGACUGGCAAGCUUCGUUGUGGCUCAGGGCCUUGUUGUUCCAGGUGCCGAUAUCAUAGCGCAUAGGGAAGGUUUACGGGAAUACAUCCCUGCGGCUGCUCCUUCAACUGCUUAUUUCUCGGGGAUUUUGGAGGCUAUAGCUAGCAUUGUCGCCGAAUCCAAGUUCAGAGCUUCGCAACUCAUUUAUCACCCAUCAAUCAUGGCGGUAUUUCCAUCAAUUCCUGCCGGCGAUGCGCCGAUCCUACAAAGCUCGAGAGCUGCUUGGAAUACGUUCAAUACAGGAAGUUUAAGUUCACGACAAAGCCAGUUGAGUGCCAUUGAUUACCUGCUCCCGAUCGUUCCACAGUACCCAGUGAAGAGCGCACAGGCAUCUGCAUUUCCCCCACUUGGUUCAUCAGGAUCUCGGGAGCCUCUCAAUGGUCGUGGAAAGUCAACUUCUACAUCGAUAUGGUCUGAACCUCCCCCGGAGCGAAAUGGUUCACCACAAGAGAGUCAAGCCGCUCUCGAGGACCCUGAGACUCCUCUGGUUGCAUACCUGAUAUUUAUUAUGAGAUCUCGGGAAGGCGAGGAGAGACUCAUGGCUUCUUAUUUACUGACAGUUCUAUUUCGAGCCGGCCUUAUCAAUAAAGCCAGGGAACCAGCCUUAGGUUUACUGGUUGUGCCUCUACUUGUGCAGAUGUUGGGUGAAGAGGCGACUCAAGUCAAGUCCAAGGAUAUCUCUUGUGACCAUGAAUCGUUGAGAGUCGAGUGGUCAAUCACAGAAAUGGCACCACGGAUCUUGUCGUUGCUAAUUACAGAUAGCGAACACCUUCAAAAAGCUACUUUCCAGAGUAAGGCGAUGACCAAGCUCUCUAAGUUGAUCAAACUAUCUUACGAACCAGUACCGGAAAGUGUCAAUGCACAACAUUGGUCGCCUAUCAAACCAAAUGCAGAAGAGGAUUAUGUGGAACAAACCCCUUCAUCACGUCUUGGUGAUCCUGGUCAAUCUGCUCUUCUCGUUCACAAAAUCAAAGUAAGGGAAAGCGUAUUAAGAGCUAUAGCAUCACUUAUUCCAUUCAAAGAAGAACAUAGAAAAUCCGUUGUGGACAACGGUAUAAUUCCUUACAUUGUCGAAUCUUUGAACCCUAAUCCGCAAAAGCCAUCAACUAAAGUCAACGAAAAAGGCGACAAAGCCGAAAAGAAAAACGAUUCAAGUAACCCUGAAGUUAAACAAGAAGGAUACGGGAUCAAUCCGUAGGCGUUCUUAUUGCUGCUUGUACGGCGACUCGAGCCUUGGCGAGGUCAGUUUGUAUACUUCGGACUAAAUUGAUUGAUAAUAGUAGUUGCGCCGAUAUUUCCCCUUCUUUCUCACCAAGACAUCGAAGUUCAAAUUGCUGCUACCGCUGCAGUCUGCAAUCUUCUUACCGAUGUUGCCCCAAUGCGAGAGGUUUGUACACAUUUAAUGCUGUUUUCGAUACGUUUUACUAACCUAUUUGCAGAGCUUCAUGGAACAUGGGGUAUUAAAAUACUUUGUGGAAGGCACACUCCGCGAACGCAAAGCUUGAAUGAAUCUGAUGUUUUCUCACAAGUUCCCGGUACCUAGCAACAAAAGAUAUCUGCGACAAAUGGUUAAACUCCUAAUUGUGGCUGAAGGUAUGAGAGUGCCAAGAAAAUAAGUUUAUGCAAAUUCGUGGAGUAUCCUUUCUUGGUAUUGUGGAAGAAUUUCAAGCGCCUUCUACUGUAAGGCUGCAGACCCGUGAAGCAGUCUUGUCCUGUAUCAAAUGGUGGGUAGCGGACUGUUGGGAAGCGCAGCGGUUAUAAUGCCGAGAAAGGCUGAGGGAAUCAAAGGU